GCACUCGAGAGCCUUCGCCUGGGCACUCGCGUCCUCGCCUUCUACGAUCGCGAGGACAACUACUGGCAUGAACGAGUGCUGGUCGGACGUAUUACCCCGACCAGGUGGGUGGUGGUCACGCCACACUUCGACAUUUACGGGGAUGACUUCUCGGAAGCGCUGCGCCUCUGCUUGGUGGGCCCUCUCGGCGGACUGCCGACAAAGCUGCCUGGCCAGGUGCUCCGCAUGGAUUGGGAUCGGUUCAGGCGGAACGAAGAGCAGCUGCUGAGUGAGCGCAAGGAGCUGGCCUGCGAGAUCCGCCGAGAGGAGGGCCUGCCAGAGGAACCGCUCGCCCUUGCGCCGCUGCCGGCUCCUGAAGGGUAUGUUGCAGAGCGUGUGGAUCCAGGUGCUGGUCUUCGCUGGGUGGUCUUGGAGUUCAGAGCGGGCGACGAACCUGGAGACGAACUUCCGGCAGGGACCACGCCUGUUUGUACUUCUGGAUACGGAGUCAUUGUGGAGCUCGCGGUCGGCACGAAGUUGGCAGUUGGGAGCCACGGCGCCUUGGAGGGCACCGCUACACCCCGGUACCGGUUGUGGGGAGAAGUCUACGCCGACAGACUCCGAGAGCACGAGGCGGGGCUCUUCGCAAUUCUGGAACCUCAGCUUGGCUUGAUGAGCGCGAGAUAUUCUGGGGGCAGGAACGGGGGCAUGGAGGCGCCCUGGCCAGUCCCAAACUUCAGAGUUGGGUUGCUGCUCGCCUUCAAUCAGAGGCCGCUGUACUCAAGGAGCGUCGCAAAGGAUCAGCGGCUUCUCGAGGGCAUCGCCUCCCUCAACGAGCUGGGCUGGCAGGGGCGCUUCGCGCCCUCGCGCGCCCCGCUGACGGCGGCCCAGCGCGCUGCUGCGAGGCGGCUUGCCACGACCUACGGCGAGUGGUCGCCGCCCGCUAUCGGCGCUGGCAAGGUGGUUCUUCUCGAGAUCCUUCGCGCGGGUCUGCAGUCCAAGCUGGGGACUGGGCGCGGGCUGUUGCGAUCCCCAGUGGAGGCAGCAACGCUCGUUCGCGACGCAGGUGCCCCUCGUGCCAUGGACCCGAAGCUCGGGGGGCUCGGCUACGACUGCGGCUACGCGAUGGGCGAGUUGCUUUUUUCUGGCGUCAUCGAGGCGAGCUCCGAGCCG